AUGUCUGAGCAAACAUCCGUAUCCCCCUGCUGCGUCACAGGCCACAUCCACGCCGGCACACCCAUCGGCUCCACCUCCAUCCUCCACUCCCUCCGCACCUACACCUCCCUCCCCUCCUCCCCGGCCCCUUCUUCCGCUGGCGAGGGCAAACAAGACACCGUCAUCUUCAUCUCCGACAUCUUCGGUAUCGACCUCGUCAAUACCAAGCUGUUGGCUGAUGAGUGGGCGGGCAAGGGGUGGAAGGUGCUCUUGCCGGAUUUCUUUGAGGGCGAUGCUGUCCCCGAUAGUCUCCUCCAAGCGAUCGCGCCAAAUGCGAGGUACCAAGCCGAGUCUACUACCACCUCCAAGACGGCCGAUGGUGCCAAGGCCGGCGCUACCAUGGGCCCCUGGCUGGCCAAACACCGCGAAGCCGUCUCCAAGCCGCUGAUCGAAAAGUACGUCCAAGCCGUUCGAUCCGACCCAUCCACCGGCAAGAUCGCCCUGGUCGGUUUCUGCUGGGGCGCCCGCUACGCCUUCCUCCUCUCCCAAUCUACCUCCCCCGCCCGACCCGACGUCAUCAUCGCGAACCACCCCUCCUUCCUGACCGUGGACGACGUCAAGCCCGUCAAGGGCGUCCCUGUCCAGGUAACAAAGGGCGAUGAAGAUGGUAUCAUGAGUGAAGAGGAGCUUGAUGAGGUUGAAAAGGUGUUGACGGAGAAUCUGGGGCAGAAUGUCCUUGUCAAGCGCUUCCCUGGCGCUGUACACGGCUUUACCGUUCGUGGCGACAUGGAGGAUGGCCAGGAGAAGGGCCAGAAAGAGGAUGCGCAAGUAUCACCUGAACCAAAAAGGCAAGCUGACUCCGAUCCCAGUUUCAAGAUCAACACCGAGUUCGUCCAAAAGUACUUUGCCCAAGUCCCGUCCAGAGCAAUUGUAAGAUAG